AUGAGCGAGACAGAAGAUUUAGGAAGUACCAAAUCGAAAUCACAAGGCUCAGGGAACAACACUGUUGAAGAGAACAGUUCUCAAGAAACUGAAGUUGACGAUGCAACGGCAUCGGAUUCACAGCAAAGCUGCGGGGAGAGAAAGAAGUGCAAGAAGAAAAAGAAACGAAAGAACAUGUCAACUUUCGCUACACCUGAAACUGCCAGUGGAGAGGGUGGAGAUGAGCAAACCACUGCUGCCCAGUCUGCAACAGAACCCUCUGUGACAGCAGCGAAAGAUGCGGAUUUGACUGAGAAUGAGGAUUUGGGAGAAGGGACGACCACCGAUACGGAUGUGAUAGAUGUAAGUUCUGAGACACUGUCACAGAGUGGCAAAAAGAAAAGGAAGAAGAAACACAAAAAGAAGGAAGCUGCACUGCCACAGCCGCAGGUAAUUACCAAAUUAACGACUAGGAAGAAACCCCCUCCAUCUGUGGAAGAGAGUGGGGGAAAGACGAGUCAUGAAGAUGAUUCCGCUACAGAAGAAGAUGACGAUGUUUCAAGAAAUGGUGGCUCGUCUUCCCAAGAAGCAGCAAGAAGCAAGGAUGGUUUCCUGAAACCCACAGCCAUCCCUCCGUCAAUGGUGUCUCCAAAGGUUCAGCUGUCACCUGCCGCUGGGAUUACCUUGUCUGCCAGGGUCUCCCCUGGUAAAGUGAAGAGUGGGACACCCAAGGAAAGCAGUCUGUUAUCUGUCUUCUCAGUAACAGAAACGGAGGUGUCAUCUGAAGAGAGCUCGAGUGAAAGAGUGAAGCCAACUAGCAGAGCGAGUCACGAGAAAAAGGCUCGAAAACUCAACUUUCUCUCAUCUCUGGGAAGUCAUGGGAAGAAUUUUUACGCAGCAAAGCCGAGUGCCCCGUUAUCUCGUAGUUCCCUCCUCACUCCCUCCCCGUCCUCCCGCUUCUCCUCAGAGACAGCAGUUAGAAUGUUCUCCCUCUCUCACUCCCCUCGAGGCUCAGCCCGCAGAGUCAGACCUCGCAUCAGCCCGUCAAAUAUCCCUCCGCCCAAACGGAAACACGUGGAAGACAACCUCGGGGCAUCUCUUCAUGAGCUCCUGAAGGAGACCCAGGGAAGUGGUAAAGAGGGGGGAGGCGGGGGUAGUGGUAAGGUGUCUGUGUCUGACUUACUAGCUGAUGGUUCACUGUGGGACACUUGACACUCUCUCUCUAACUAACUUGGUACACUCACUGUUCACCUAAAUUUCCUACCAAGUUUAAAAGAGAUUACUAAAAGAUUAGCUGGUAAGUGUUGUACUGCUAUUUGUUGUAUAUACUGAUCUUUUGACCUCUCAAAAACUCUUAUAACAUACUUUUGUCUGGAGAAUAAUUAUUACAUGUGCCUGUUGUGCUAAGUGGAUUGUCGGUAUUAUAUGGAACGUGUAUGGAGUGAUCGAUACAUGUAUCAAGACUGAAUGACGCUCAGAUAGUGCUGAGUAUUGUCGUAGUCCUCUUCCAUACUGGCCGUCAGGGUACAGGGGAUGGAGUAGA